AUGUUGUUUGAGGCAAAAGGUUGGAAUUUAAAAAAUAGCGAUAAGAUAGCGCUUGGUGGAGCUGCGAAGAAGAAGAAAAAGAAUACAAAUAACAGCAACAAGAACAAUAGUUCUAAUGGAAAAAAAGGAAAUUUUACUGGAAGUAGUAUUACUAAAGAGGAUGUUGAAAGAGUUAUUAACCCUACAACUUUUGACGAAACUAGUAAUAAAAACGAGAAAUCAAAGAAAAAUGAAAAGAGGAAUGAAAAGAAUAAACUGGAACAGGAGCAGAAUUCUGGCAAUAUUGAACUGGCCAAGUCAAAGAGGCGUGAGAAUGAUAAACUUGACAAAAUUGGUAAAAAUGGUGAAGCUUCCAAUGUCAAAUCGGACAAAAAGAGACAAUCAAGAGACGACGAUAAUGAUUCAUCGACAAAAGUGAAGCGAUCAAAAGCUAUUCAGAAAUCUGUAAAUACUUCUACAACAUUAUCUACUACACCUGCCAAUGAUUCAGUUGCAGCACCUAUGCCGAUUCCAGUCACAUCGCAAACAAAACUCACACCAUUGCAACAAAAGAUGAUGUCGAAGCUUUCCGGGUCCCGUUUUAGAUGGAUUAAUGAACAACUUUAUACAAUCACCUCAGAAGAGGCAUUAAAACUCAUUAAGGAACAACCCUCUUUGUUUGAUGAAUACCAUCAAGGAUUCCGUUCUCAAGUUUCUAGUUGGCCAGAGAACCCAGUUGAUGUUUUCGUAAAUCAGUUCAAGCAGAGGUUGACUACAAGAAACAUCAAUGCUCCGGGUGGAUUGCCUGGUAACCAGGAUAAAAGAAUUGUUGUUGCAGAUAUGGGAUGCGGCGAGGCACAAUUCAGCGCAGAUAUAGGUCAAUUUGUCAAACAAUUACAGAAAAAGGGCAAGAAAUAUAGAAACUUGAAUGUUGAUGUUCACAGCUAUGAUUUAAAGAAAUACAAUGAGAGAAUCACUGUGGCAGAUAUCAAAAAUGUCCCACUUGCCUCGGGUUCUGCAAGUAUAGUCAUUUUCUGCCUUGCAUUAAUGGGUACAAAUUUUUUGGAUUUUAUUAAGGAGGCAUAUAGGAUAUUACAGCCUAGAGGAGAAUUGUGGAUUGCAGAGAUUAAAUCAAGGUUCACAGAUGGCGGCCCAGAAAGGGCUGAAAACGUCGGUAGUGAAUUUGUGGAGGCAUUGAAACUCAAUGGGUUUUUCCAUAAACUGACUGACAAUUCAAAUAAGAUGUUCACUAGAUUUGAGUUCUUUAAGCCUCCACAAGAUAUAAUAGAUGAAAGAAGGGCUAAAUUGGAGAGGAAGAGAAAGUUUAUUGAAGAAGAAAGCGAGAAAGAGAAAUUGGAAAGCAAGAGAGAAAAGAGACCUGAAGGUGAAUGGCUUUUGAAGCCAUGUAUUUACAAAAGGCGGUAA